AUGCAAGGUUUCAACAGAACCACCGUGGUCACACAGUUCAUCUUGGUGGGCUUUUCCAGCCUGGGAGAAUUCCAGCUGCUGCUUUUUGUCAUCUUCCUCCUCCUGUACCUGACAAUCUUGGUGGCCAAUGCAACCAUCAUGAUUGUCAUCCGCUUCAGCCGGACACUGCAUACUCCCAUGUAUGGCUUUCUCUUCAUUCUUUCCUUUUCAGAAUCCUGCUACACAUUUGUCAUCAUCCCUCAGCUGCUGGUGCAUUUGCUCUCAACCACCAAGAUCAUCUCCUUUGUGGCAUGUGCCACCCAGCUCUUCUUUUUCCUUGGUUUUGCCUGUACCAACUGUUUCCUCAUUGCCGUAAUGGGGUAUGAUCGCUAUGUGGCAAUUUGCCAUCCCCUGCGAUACACACUCAUCAUGAACAAAAGACUAGGAUUAGGGCUUAUUUCUCUGUCAGGAUUCACAGGGUUCUUCAUCACUUUGGUGGCCACCAACCUCAUCUGUGACAUGCCUUUCUGUGGUCCCAACAGAGUGAACCACUAUUUCUGUGACAUGGCACCUGUUAUCAAGUUGGCCUGCACGGACACCCAUGUGAAAGAACUGGCAUUAUUCAGCCUCAGCAUCCUGGUGAUCAUGGUGCCCUUUCUGUUAAUUCUAAUAUCCUACGGUUUCAUUGUUAACACCAUCCUGAAGAUCCCAUCAGCCGAGGGAAAGAAAAAGGCCUUCGCCACGUGUGUAUCCCACCUUACUGUGGUCUUUGUUCACUAUGGCUGUGCCUCCAUCAUCUACCUUCGGCCCAAGUCGAAGUCAGCCUCAGACAAGGAUCAGUUGGUGGCAGUGACCUACACUGUGGUCACUCCCCUACUUAACCCUCUUGUCUACAGUCUGAGAAACCAGGAGGUGAAGACUGCACUGAAAAGAGUUCUGGGAAUACCUGUAGCAAGCAAGAUUAUAUGA